AUGCCGACUGCGAAACGUCUGAAAAGCUCUGCGAGGACCAAGGCUCUCGACAAACCACCGGCGAGGCCCACGGUUGCAGACUUGGAGGGUGAGUCCGAGUUCGCCCAGCUAGCCAAACAACAUUGGCUAAAGACGUCGAAGAGAGCCGCCAAGGUCAAGGUCAAGAAUGACGUCUUGAAAAAGGACUUAUGGGAUGUGCUAGAGAAGGAUGCUUUCGCCUACAGGUCCUUGCUUAUCCUUGAGGGACUACAAACUCUGGAAAGUUAUCUCUGGCCUGGAUAUUCCGAGGAUUCAUCAAACUUUCAUGUUCUCCUAAUCGUGCUAUUGACAAAUGUCAAGGCUAGAGAGAGACUCGAGACUUGGACCAUAUUCGAAGACCGACCGGCUGAGUUCUCGAGCCUUUUUAGCCGCAUCUUGUCUAUGAGCCUUGAUCACACCCUGUCCUUGACUAUCCGAACACAUCUACUCAACUUUACCAUCUUCGCCUUCCAAAGCCUCGAUUGGACCAGCGUAAGGAAGGAGUGUGCGCCGCUCGUCUCCAUAGCCAUCUGGCACAAUCUCUCCUCCGACGCGAAACGCGAGACCGAGUUGGCCCAAAACACCCAGCUCAAGAAGUCGUGGAAAGCUGCGGGUAAACGGUACGAAUCCGCCGAUGAUGCUACGAAAGCUAGGUUGCGUUUCGAAAGAGCUUGGCUAUACACCCUAUUAUUAGACUUCUUACGGUUACUCUAUGACGAGAAAAAGGCACAAGACAAAGUUCUGUACUGUGAGCGUUUCGUGGAGUUCAUUUCAGAUCUGCUGAGCCAGCUCCCUACGCGACGAUACGUUAAUACCCUGCUGCAAGACCUACACAUCUUGCCGGCUCUCAAACUAUCCCCUAUGUUCAACGAUGAGGCCAAUGCGUUACUUCGUGAUCAAUUUUCUUUGCUGAGUCAUUAUGUGUAUUUUUCUAUUGACGACCAGACGGGAGCACAACACAGCCGGACCGAAGCCUACGACCGGCACUGUGCCAAACUCGGGGGCUUACAGCGAGUUGCAUUGCGGCAUUUCAAGAAAAAACUCACUGUUUUAGCCCUCUCAAACUAUGCCUCCAUUGACAAGAGGAGUGAACUUGAGAAUCUGCUUGAGACUUUAACAGAUGAUGAGCUUAUCGAGCUUCUAUCGCUCCUCAAAUUGCGAACAGCCUAUCCGGAAUCAGCUACUAUAGUUCUUGAUAGGCAGUUUCUGAUGGAGGUGAUGUUGUCAACGUUCGAGAAGCGUAAGACAUUCCAGGAAACCGCCCUGGAUCUAAAUAUACUUCCUACUGAGGACAAUUUAUUCGAUCAGAGUCUUUUAAGGACGGAUAGUUAUGAUGCCUCGCGGCCACUUGCACUCCCUAAACUAAAACUUCAAUAUCUUUCCGUAGGUGACUUCCUCUGGAGAGCUCUAGUUCUAUACAGGUGCGAAUCGUUCUAUGGAAUAAGAAAAGACAUCAGUGAUGUCCUGCGACGACUAAGGCCAGAAGUAAAGCGCUCAGGCGAGACCGGGUUUGCUGGUUCGUCAAGAAUGGCCUUACCUAUUUCCCGACCUUCCAUAUUAGAAGUGGUCCCUCCUCUAGUGGGGGAUGAUAAGCCCUCAGUUGUUCGAGCAGAAAUCUCGCUCGACUAUCGUCGAUUAGGCGACCGCAUCAGACGAGAGUGGGAUUCUCUUCGGCCUGAUGAUGUUGUGUUCCUUAUUGCAGUAGAUGCCACAACACAGACAGCUGCCACAAAUGGUGAUGCCAACAGCAUGGCUGAGGCGAGGAAGCUUGGGCUUAUUUCGGUUCGCACAGCUGAAGUUGCCCAAAUUCUAGAUGACAAAGGAAACUUGAUAAGAGAUCCUUCUGCCUACUUUAGUAGCUCGAACAGGUCUCCGGUCCGGAGAAUGCAGUUACGGCUAGACGCAAAAACGUACAAGGACGAUGCCAAGCAGGUUUUGAAAGGCAAACCUGAUGUGUACGAGCGCAUCAACCUAGUUGUUCGCCGAAGCGGAAGAGAGAAUAAUUUCAAACCCGUCCUUGAAUCCAUUCGUACGCUGACGCUCUCCGAGGUUCCGUUGGCAUCAUGGUUACAUGAAAACUUCCUCGGCUAUGGAGAUCCUGCAGGUGCUACCUACAAACAUUUGCCAAAUCGAGUCACCAAGAUUGAUUUUCGGGACACAUUCCUCGAUUGGCAGCAUCUUGUCGCCAGUCUUCCUGGGAAGACCAUCGAACCUGGCUUCGAAGUGAGCAGUAGCUUUGGCCCCCCUUAUGUUCUUGAAUCAAUAGAGAAGGCACACGAUGAGGUGCCUCCGAAAGGAUCCAAGAAAAGAAGAAGGGAUACGGAGCCCGCCAUGCUUGCUGAAAUAGAGACCUACAAGGUUUCCACAUACAAGCCACCAAAUCUGGGACCAUAUCCUAUUGACGCUCCCAAGCUUAAUACAGUCCGCUUUACAGCAGCACAAAUUGAAGCAAUCAUAUCUGGCACUCAACCGGGUUUAACAGUCAUUGUUGGGCCACCAGGGACAGGAAAAACCGACGUGGCGACACAGAUAAUUAACAACAUUUAUCAUAAUUUCCCUGAACAACGGACGCUUUUGAUCGCGCACUCGAACCAGGCACUGAAUCAGCUAUUUGCUAAGAUCGUGGCCUUGGACAUCGAUGAGCGUCAUCUUCUACGACUCGGCCAUGGCGAGGAAGAACUUGAUACUGAAGGGAAUUUCAGUAAACAUGGGCGGGUAGAAUCUUUCUUAGAGAUUAGGGACAGGUACUUACAGGAAGUAAAUCGCCUAGCGGCGAGCCUAGGCGCCCCAGGUGCUCAUGGGAACUCUGCAGAGACGGCUGGCUACUUCAACUCCGUUUACGUACAACCGGCUUGGAAGAAAUUCACAGAAAUCAUCAACGACAAAAGCUCGUCGGCCGCAGAUAUCAUCCAAGCAUUCCCAUUCCACAACUUCUUCUCUAAUGCACCGCAGGGACUGUUCCCUGCUGAGGAUGAUAGGGCGGCAGUUGUAGACGUUGUCGAAGGCUGCUAUCGACACAUAUCCAAAAUAUUCUCUGAACUGGAAGACGUUCAGCCUUUUGAGAUUUUGCGGCGAGAUCGCGAUAAGGCCAAUUACCUCUUGACGAAUGAAGCUCGUAUCAUCGCCAUGACGUCGACCCACGCUGCCAUGCGACGAUCCGAGAUAGCGUCUCUCGGAUUCCAUUACGACAAUGUCGUGAUGGAAGAAGCAGCACAAAUUACUGAGAUCGAGAAUUUUAUUCCUCUGGCUAUGCAGAAGCCCAAAGAUGGGCAAAUGGCACUCCAAAGAGUUGUCCUCUGCGGCGAUCACUAUCAAAACUCGCCGGUUAUUCAAAGCCUCGCCUUUAGGCAUUAUGCCAACCUUGAACAGUCGCUAUUUUCUCGUCUUGUUCGUUUGGGCAUACCAGUCAUCACUCUUGAUCAACAAGGUCGUGCACGGCCUUCCAUCGCGGCACUAUACCAGUGGAGAUAUCCGAAUCUUGGAAACUUGCCUCACGUUGAAACCCUCCAAGAGUUCCAGACCGCUAACGCCGGAUUCAAGUAUGAAUACCAGUUCAUUAAUGUACCUGACUAUAAAGGGCACGGGGAGGUCGAGCCGACACCUCACUUCAUCCAGAAUCUAGGCGAGGCCGAGUAUGCUGUUGCACUAUAUCAGUAUAUGCGGCUGCUUGGCUAUCCGGCGUCGAAGAUCAGCAUCUUGACUACGUAUGCCGGUCAACGAGCAUUGGUCAAGGAUAUUCUGGCCUUCCGAUGCGAGAAUGAGGCCAUUUUUGGCAUGCCUAAAAUCGUUACUACGGUUGAUAAAUACCAGGGCGAACAAAAUGAUUAUGUCAUCCUCUCACUCACGCGUACGUCUAGAGUUGGUUAUCUCCGAGAUAUAAGGCGUUUGACUGUGGCACUCUCUCGCGCCCGUCUCGGCUUGUACAUUGUUGGUCGGAGAGAAGUAUUUGAGGCAUGCUAUGAGCUACGGUCCGCAUUUGAUCUACUACUCCAACGUCCGGACAAGCUAGUGUUAUCGACAGGCGAGAUGUGGCCGUCAAGUCGUACCUUGGCCGACGAGCAAGGGAUGGCGGCGCCCAACGAAGCUGUCAUGGAAGGCGUAGAGCACCUGGGUCAAUUUGUUUAUGAGAUGACUGUCUCGAAAGUUAAACAGCUACGUAUUGAGCAAGGCCUCCCGGAACAAGAGGUUGGCGAGGCGCAACUGCUACAGCCGAUCCGUGAGGAAGAUGAGGUACAAUACGUAGAUGCUGCAAGCGACGAAGAAGACGAGGAGCAGGAAGACCCCCCGGAAUCAGAAGAAAACGCUAAAGAAUGA